AUGUGUUUAGCGACAGUCCUGCAACACAGUACCGACAAAAGGCUCUUUUUUUCACAUACUCUCAUCAGAACCAUUCAAGAAAGCUUCAGACAAAUUGCCUGGCAUUUCUUUGAAGCAAGCCAUGGCAAAGGAGCAUCUGAUGGUGUUGGAAUAUCAGUCAAAAGAACUGCUGACAGACUCGAACGUCAAGGACAUGACAUUCCUGACGCAACAUCACUGUUUAAUCUACUUCAAAAUCAGAAUUCAUCCAUAAAGCUCUUUCACAUCUCCAGUCAAAAAGCUGAAGAGAAGUUCAAUAUGUUGGCAGGGGUUGGAUCUCUUAUGAAUGUAAAGGGCACCAUGCAGCUGCACGAAGUCAUGAGUUUAUUUCCAGACAUCUCAGAUGAGGAACUGAUUCUGGAAAUGAAUAAUAUCACAGCACGAGAGGGCGAAAGAAAAACAAAGUUUGGCAAGAUUAAAGUUCAGCAGGUGAAUGUUGAUACAGACACAGAUAACGAGACGCAUGCAACAAAAGAGAACCAAAGGAAGGAACUUUUGAUUCAAGAUGCCCUGGAUAGUUUGGGAGGAAGUCAGUGGUUCACGCUCCUUGGUCAAGGUAAACCAUACCACCAGGGUUUUAUCAAAGAAGAAUGCCGCCAUCUAACAGCAUUUAUAACCCCAUGGGGCCUAUAUGAGUGGAAUCGGAUACCAUUUGUCCUCAGUGGAGCACCAACUACAUUUCAGAGGUUCAUGAACGAGUGUCUCGAUGGAAUUCGGGAUAAAUUUUGUCUUCCUUACCUUGAUGAUAUUCUCGUCUGUAGUCAAACAUUUAAGGAUCACAUUCAGAACAUUAAAUCUGUUCUUCAAAGACUACGUGAGAAGGGAAUAAAGCUAAAGCCUAGGAAGUGCGAGUUAUUUCGGAAGAAAGUUCGGUAUUUGGGGCAUUUGGUUACUCCAGAUGGAUACACCAUGGAUCCAGCAGACAAAGAAGCUGUUGCAUCACUUGGUAGGUGA